AUGAGGAAGUCAACAGUUGUGCUUCUGUGUUGCCAGGACGCCUACAGCUCGGGUAUAAAGGCCGCCCGGGGAAGGAGCCUCCAGACAUCACCGCCCUCCUCCCUGACUCCACUCCAGCCCCACGCCACCAUGUGCUCCACCAGCUGCUCCACGGGCUGCCAGGCGUCCUGCUGCACCCCCAGCCCCUGCCAGGCAUCCUGCUAUGUGCCCAUGAGCUGCCAGCCCGCCGUGUCCAUGCCCGUGAGCUGCAAGCCUGCCGUGUAUGUGGUCCCCUCCUGCCAGUCCUCGGUUUGCCUGCCCGUGAGCUACAAGCCCCUCGUGCUCAUGGCCCCCUCCUGCCAGUCCUCCGGGGGCUGCCAGCCCUCCCGCCCCACCCUGCUCUGCAGACCCAUCUCCUGUAGCACCCCGUCCUGCUUCUGGCCAUGA